AGAGGGUUCUCCACGGACAUUGGCGGGAGUUAUUUCCACUAAGGCUGUUGCCUUUGAACCUGAAACUCUGUACAACCAACCACACAGGGACUACCUGAAUUCUGAAGAUGGCGACGAAUUCCAUAACGUCUUCGAUUCCGACCAUAACUUCCAUAGAUCUUAAACGACGAAACCGAUCUACUGGUUUAACUCUAUCAUGUUCACACCAAGAAGCUUCUGCUUUGGGAGUUCAACUUACAGAAGGAGAGGGAAAAUUACCCAAGGUUGUGCUGAAAUCUGCUCAUGGCUGUGAGGCUGAGAUUUAUCUAUUUGGUGGCUGUGUCACAUCAUGGAAAGUUGCAGGUGGCAAGGAUCUCCUAUUUGUUCGACCAGAUUAUGCAUUCAGUAGUCAAAAACCUAUCAGUGGAGGCAUCCCGCAUUGUUUCCCACAGUUUGGACCUGGCCCAAUGCAGCAGCAUGGGUUUGCAAGGAACAUGAAUUGGUCUAUUGUUGAUUUUGACAAUGUGGAGGGAAAUCCUGUCAUAACCUUGGAGCUCAAGGAUGGUCCUUACAGCCGUUCUAUGUGGGAUUUCAGCUUCCAAGCUUUAUACACAGUCAAAUUGAAUUCAAAGAGCCUUUCAACAGUGCUGAUAAUAAAAAAUACAGACACCAAGCCCUUUUCAUUUACUACUGCAUUACACACUUACUUCCGUGGUUGUGUAACAGGGGCGUCAGUGAAAGGUCUGAAGGGUUGCAAAACACUGAACAAGGAUCCAGACCCUAAUAAUCCUGUGGAAGGCAUGGAGGAGAGGGAUGUGAUCACUUAUCCGGGAUUUGUCGAUUGCAUUUACCUCAAUGCUCCCAAUGAGGUACAACUUGACAAUGGGUUAGGUGACACGAUAACCAUCAAGAAUUCCAAUUGGUCAGAUUGUGUUCUGUGGAACCCUCAUUUAAAAAUGGAACAUUGCUACAAGGAUUUUGUUUGUGUUGAAAAUGCUAAGAUUGGAAAAGUUCAACUUGAACCUGAGCAGUCAUGGGUAGCAGAGCAGUAUCUUGGCAUUAGCUGAAGCAAAGCUGGAUCAGGAGCUGCUAUUCUAGUUUGAGAUAGAGAAUUGGGAAAUACAAGUUCAGAAUAAUGUUGUUAUUUGUUACGCAUUCAUGUACCUCUUAAGUAAUAUUUUGGUUUUGUUUUAUCUAAUCCAACAUUAAUGGGCUACGAAAUUGGUGAAUGUAUCACACUCAAAUGUUCUUAGUGAUC